AGUAACACCCCAUUUAGUGAGUUAUUACAACCUUGCGAAGUUCGCGAGCGAAAGGGCGACGGUUCGUCGUGAGCUCCCAUACGCGUUCUUGCACCGGAGCGUUUUCCUUUCUCCCUUUUCCUUUCUCCCUCACACACAAAAAACUCUCUCUGCCGUUCACUCUCGUAUAGACUUGCCAUUAUUUAGUCUGCCCAAAUGAUCGGAGGCUUCACCAACUACGCGCACCUGCGCCUGCGCGAUCACCGGCCGGGCAACGGCGAUUACGUGCUCCCGCCCAUGUUUGGCCCGGGCGCGGACUCGUCGAAGCGGUCCAUCCUCGGCCGUAAUUACAUGCCACUGAGCGGGGAGUCGUGCAGCAUCGGCGCCGGGAUGCACGACGUUCCCUCCACCAUCGGCACCGGCCGUGCGACUCGAUUUGCGUCGCCGCUGCCGAGCAAGGCCACGUCAUCGUCAAAGGGCGAUGCCUCGCGCUCUCUCGGCAGCCCCGCCAAAGCAGAGGCUUCCAGUCUUCCUUUAGAGCCCAAGCAGUACAGUAUGGCCCUCUGCCCCGACACCCCGUCGUAUAGUAUUUACAGUCGUUUGAAGUCGGAGUGGGAACUGCAGAGCAGCUACGCGUCGCCAGGGCCGGCGGCGUACGCGGUGCCGGGUUACUUUGAUGAGUUCGACCCCGCGCAACGGCAGCAACAGUCCGGCGUAGCGCCAGGCGUACACCUCGGGAUGCGCACCGACCUGCUCGACGCCCGGACGAGAGAAGGCGUGCCGGGGCCGGGGACGUACAACCUCGUGCGCUUCGGCGAUGAGCUGCCACGCGCGCACGAGGCCGUCCUCUCGCGGCACCGCCGUCCGCGUGGCGUCAACAGCGGUGCAUCCGACACGCCUGGCCCUGGCGCCUACGACGACCCGUCGUCCAUUGGGUACCGGGCGGCGCAGAUCCAGUCGAAACGGCUCUUCGCUCCGAACUCCACCUUUGGCGGGCGCUGGAAGAAGCGCGAGUUCCACACGGCAGGUCCCGGACCCGCGGCAUACAACACCCUGCACGCGGCGAAACUGCUGGAGCGGAACCAGCGCCACUCGCCGAAGUUUGCUGCGACGCAGCCAGAGCUGAAGGGCCGCUCAGCGAGGGCGUUGCGCAACAGGAACAAAAACGUCCCCGAUGCGUCGUCCGACUCCCCGCAGCCGCUACCGACCCUUCCGUCGGACUUCGACUACAACUUCAGGAAGGGGAAGUCCAUCCUGGGCAAGUGGCGCGUGCUGGCCGAGCAGCCGCGUGGGGCCGCGGUGGCGGACACGAAUCCAAACGGGCCGGGCUUCUGGGAGAGCCCGUUGCCCCGCGGCGGUCGCUUUACGGCCGGUCCGUACAACCCAAACGCCGCCCAGCUCGCCGAGGAGACGGCGGGGGCGGAGCUUGCGCGGGGGCUGAAGGCGACACAUCAGGUGCCGGGUCCCGGAUCCUACCAGCCGCAGUCGAACCUCACCGAGUGUCGCGCGCCCGCCGCCAUCUUCGGGCACACGUCGAGCUCAAAGUUUGGCAACGCCGACAACGGCGUGCCGGGCCCCGGGCACUACCGCACCAUCGACGACGCAAGAGGUCAAGGGCCGGUGUUUUACAAGGGCGACUUCCACCCCCGCGGUGGCGACCUUCGGCCCUCCGCCGAAGCGGACAACGGCGGUGGCCCUGGUGCACACUACAACGACAGCACGCUGUACAGUUGCAGCAUCAACGGUGACCGGACCAACAACAAGGGCUACACCAUGGGUAUUCGCUACCCGGCUCGUGCGACGUAUCAGUACUGUGCGCCGUACGAUGACACGACCAACAUCAACUGCGUGUACGCUGACGAGCUGACGUGGGAGACAAAACCGAAGCUGCAACUGCCGCCCGUUCACUCCGCCGCGCAGUAG